AUGUGGGGUGGGGUUGUGCAGACCACGACGAUCGACGAGUACAGGAAGCACAUUGAGAAGGACCCGGCGCUCGAGAGGCGGUUCCAGCCGGUGCAGGUGCCGGAGCCAUCGGUUGAUGAGACGAUUCUCAUUCUCAAGGGGCUGAGGAAGCGAUAUGAGAUUCACCACAAGCUCAAGUACACGGAUGAGGCUCUUGCUGCUGUCGCCCAGCUGUCCUACCAGUACAUCAGGAAGCACAUUGAGAAGGACCCGGCGCUCGAGAGGCGGUUCCAGCCGGUGCAGGUGCCGGAGCCAUCGGUUGAUGAGACGAUUCUCAUUCUCAAGGGGCUGAGGGAGCGAUAUGAGAUUCACCACAAGCUCAAGUACACGGAUGAGGCUCUUGCUGCUGCCGCCCAGCUGUCCUACCAGUACAUCAGUGACCGCUUCCUGCCAGACAAGGCAAUCGACCUGAUCGACGAGGCAGGGUCCCGCGUGCGGCUGCAGCACGCGCAGCUGCCAGAGGAGGCCAAGGAGCUGGACAAGCAGCUGCGGCAGAUCACCAAGGAGAAGAACGAGGCCGUGCGCAACCAGGACUUUGAAAAGGCCGGCGAUUUGCGCGACCAGGAGAUGGACCUGAAGACGCAGAUCAACGCCAUCAUGGAGAAGAGCAAGGAGACGAACAAGGCGGAGAUCGAAGCUUCCGGCGGCGCGAUCGGCCCAACAGUCACCGAAGCGGAUAUUCAUAACAUUGUGUCCGCGUGGACGGGGAUUCCGGUGGAGAAGGUGUCGAGCGAUGAGAGCAAUAGGUUGCUGCAGAUGGAGGGGACGCUGCACAAGCGCGUGAUUGGCCAGGACGAGGCGGUGAAGGCGAUUUCCCGCGCGAUCCGGCGCGCCCGCGUCGGGCUGAAGAAUCCCAACCGUCCGAUUGCGAGCUUCAUCUUUUCCGGGCCGACGGGAGUGGGGAAAUCGGAGCUGGCAAAGUCCCUCGCGGCGUAUUAUUUCGGGUCAGAGGAGGCGAUGGUUCGGCUUGAUAUGUCUGAGUUCAUGGAGAGGCACACUGUGUCGAAGCUGAUUGGGUCGCCGCCCGGUUACGUGGGGUACAGUGAGGGCGGGCAGCUGACUGAGGCGGUGCGAAGGCGGCCGUACACUGUGGUGCUGUUUGACGAAAUUGAGAAGGCUCAUCCUGAUGUGUUUAACAUGAUGCUGCAGAUUCUGGAGGACGGGCGUCUGACGGACAGCAAGGGCCGCACCGUCGAUUUCAAGAACACCCUCCUCAUCAUGACGUCGAAUGUUGGUUCAUCCGUGAUCGAGAAGGGUGGUGGAGGCAUCGGCUUCCAGCUGGACUACGGCGAGAAGGAUACGAGCUACAACAGAAUCAAGUCGCUCGUGAAUGAGGAGCUGAAGCAAUACUUCAGGCCGGAGUUCCUGAACCGGCUGGACGAGAUCAUUGUGUUCCGACAGCUGACGAAGCAGGAGGUGAAGGAGAUCAGCGACAUCAUGCUCAAAGAGGUGUUUGACCGCCUCAAGAAGAAGGACAUUGAUCUUCAGGUGACCGAGCGGUUCAGAGACAGGGUGGUGGACGAGGGCUACAGCCCUUCAUACGGCGCCCGGCCGCUGCGCCGAGCUAUCAUGAGGCUUCUUGAAGACAGCAUGGCAGAGCGAAUGCUCUCAGGGGAGAUCAAGGAGGGCGACAGUGCUAUCAUUGAUGUGGAUGCGGACGGGAAUGUGACUGUUCUGAACGGCAACACUGGCACAGCCACGUCCACCGCCAUUGAGGCUCCUGCUGGGAUCUCCUAG